AUGGAAGGUGAUAGGCCACGGUUUCAGAGGAUUUACAUCUGUCUUGCAGUCUGCAAGAAGGGGUUUUUAGAUGGUUCUAGGACUGUGGUUUGCUUGGAUAGGUAUUAUGUCAAAGGGCCUUACCCUGGAGGUCUUGCUUUGAAACAUCAAAUGGAAGCAAUUGCUAGGGCCAAAACAGUGCCAUGA